AUGUGCCAUCCCAGACCAGACCAAAAGGGUCCAUGGAUAUCCCGUAAAUGUGCCGUCUUUAUCGUGUUUGGGCUGGCCAUAUGGUCUUUCUAUGUCGUGGUCGGGCGGGUGUGCACGCCGAUGAUUCGAGAGGUGUCGUCUUCCGGUAUAGGACGUAGCCCCGGGGCUGGAACGCUUGCUGCCUUUGUUGUAUUGUGGCUCAUGUUCAUCUGGACUUAUCUCCGGAUUAUUACCACCCCGCCUGGAUUUGCCAAAGACCGGGUCAAUAGAUCUCCGCCGCCGGAUCCUGCCGACUACCCCCCACCCCGUUCCACUUCCCCGGUCCCCGUCGCAGACAACAACAAUGCACCAGACCCCUCUACGCUUGCACCCACGUUCAACCUGGCUUCCCAAACGAUCCAUCGGUGGACAUCGCAUAACGGUUCUGCAGAUACCACUAGACCUUCGGCCCCGAUGGUGCAAAUGCCACCCAAAGGCGUGAAGGAUUGGCGGCAGGUUCCAAGACCGCUUCCGUACGUGGAGUAUGUCCCCAAGUGGUGCAGCUACUGCGAGAUCGUCAAGCCGUCUAGAACUCACCACUGUCGCCACUGUGGGACAUGCGUUCAACAGUACGAUCACCACUGUGUGUGGGUCGGACAAUGCGUCGGAUGGGCCAACCAUAAGUUCUUUGUCAUCUUCAAUUUCUGGACAGGCUGCUAUUGCCUCUUUACCAUGCUCUUGCUCAUCAUCACUGCUUCCAAGACUAGCGGCAUUGACGGACAAACAGUUGCUCUGGUAGUCGUGUCUGGCCUGUUCGGGCUGUUCACUAUCACCAUGUUUAUCACCCAUGUGAUGCUCAUAACGAGUGGGCGCACAACAGUUGAGAGUUAUGCCUCGAGAGACCAGCUCGAGCGAGAGAACUCCCUCUUGCAGAAAGAGUAUGGGUACCUGUGGCACAAUCUGGAGAAGCGAAAGGUGAGAAAACGGUGGAAGGAAGAGUGGGGAGGGACGGCGGUGGAUGAGAGAUGGAAGUUUGGGGGAAAGAUGGACAUGUGGCGAGAGGAGAUGGGACCAGGACCUCUUGGGUGGAUUUUUCCUAUAGGCAAGCCCCUUGGAGAUGGACAACAUUACAAGAGCAAUCCGCGUUUCGGCCCGCAUGGAGAGUGGCUUCUGAAGAAGGAUUGGCCCUUGGGCGUAUCUGUUUAG